AGAACCGCUUCCUCUUUUCCUCUCAAAGCCUAGAGAGGUACCGAGAACGACGGAUGAGGCGCACGCGCACUGCAAGCCGACACUGGGGCUGCUGCUUCUGCGGCGCCCGUGUUGGUGGACGGGGCGGCAGCGCCAGCUGCAGCAGUAACAGCCCCGCGCGGAGGGGUCGCGGGGAGGCAGGGGAGUGCUGCGUCUGCGGCGGUUGGCGGGGCCGAGCGGGCGGCUCGCCCCAGCAGCUGGCGGAGAGAUACGCGGACCUGGCGUCCAGCCACGCCGAAGCCGUGAGGUUGGGCGAGGAGCGCGAGAAGCAGAGCGGGCGCCUGCGCGACGAGAAUACGCGGCUGAAGCUGGAGAACCGGCGCCUGCGCAGAGAGAACCGGAGCCUCUUCCGCCAGGUGCUGACGCUGCAGCAGCAGCCGCCGCCCUGGACCCUCCCCCUUCCAGAGCGGGAGGCGGAGCCUGAAGGCGGGUCUCUCGCGCGCGAGCCGGAGUUGCUCAGCGACCGGCUGGCCGAGAAGGGGCGCGAGCUGGGGGCGCAGGCGGAGGAGGGGCGGCAGGUGUAG